GCACCACACACGAUUUUACGACCCUGCCCCCGCUCCCCCCUCCACCUGCGCAGGCAGAUCUUUUCCUCCUCCGCCCUCUCCUCCGAUCACGCCACCGAUCCGGCGGGGCGAAGAUGGAGAGCUCGACCGCGGCGGAGGAGGAGCGGGGGCUCGCGGCGUCGCUGACGGCGCGGUACUCGGACUGGGUGGCGGAGGAGCUGGACGAGCUGGGGGGCAGCUUCCUGCUCACGGACCCGGCCAUGCCGGGCCACCCCAUCGUCUACGCCUCGCGCGGCCUGCCCGCGCUCACGGGCUACCCGCGCCGCGCCGUGCUCGGCCGCAACGCGCGCCUCUUCCAGGGCGCCGCCACCGACCGCGCCGCCGUCGCCGGCCUGCGCGAGGCCGUGCGCGCCCAGCGCGCGCACCAGGUCGCCAUCCUCAACUACCGCCGCGACGGCGAGCCCCACUGGGUGCUGCUCCACGUCGCGCCCGUAUUCCACGCCGCCGACGGGACGGUGCUCCACUUCCUAGCCGUCCAGGUGCCCAUCGCCGCAGCGCCGCGACGGGCCGCGUGCCGCGGACCCGCGCUGUUCGCGGCGUGCCGGGAGGAGGCCAGGGUGGAGGAGGAGCUGCCCUGCGCCACCCACGCCGGGGAGGUGUUUGUGGAUAUCGAUAAGAGAGGUUUGGAGACAACAAGAUGGCUGGAGGCCGAGGAACCUCGUGUAGCUAGCGGUUGUGAUAAAGAGAAGGCUCUGAGCACAGCUAGUAGCAUCUUCUCUGCACUGAACCGCUAUAGCAAACUAACUGGUUUAGUGGUUUGUGGGAAGAGAUGUGAUUCUGUUGGUAUCCCGGCACUCAGCUCUUCCUUAAAUCUCUCUCUCGGUAGAAUCAAACAAAGCUUUGUAUUGACUGACCGCCAUUUGCCUGACAUGCCGAUAGUCUACGCUAGUGAUGCUUUUCUAUCACUAACAGGUUACUCUAGAGAAGAAAUAUUGGGCUGUAACUGCAGAUUCUUAAGUGGUCCAGACACCAGUGUGGAUGUUUUAGAGGAGAUAAGUCGGCAUAUUUGUUGUGAGCAGGCUUGCACAGUACGUCUACUGAACUACAGGAAAGAUGGGAGCACAUUCCGUGAUCUGCUACAAGUAUCUCCUAUUCGAAACGCAUCAGGCAAGGUUGGUUUACAUCCUUUUCAGGUCUUUCCUGGAAGCCAUGGUGCUUCUUAUGCAUCUGCUUUGUAUAAUGCUGAACUGAACAAUAACCACAACAUAAUUGCUUUUGUGGUAAGCCUAUGUUAUUUGAUUCAUGAUCUUCUGAACUUUCAAGUCGAACAGAUUAAUAAAGUAUUUGAACUUUCAAGUUGUAUUGACUACAGGUAGAUAUGCUGCUCUUACAGUACAUGCAAAACCUUCUGACUUACAGUUGCAUAUUCAGGUCGCAUUUCAUGUGUGGGUUCACCUUGAUGAGAGCGCGAAGUGUGAUUUUAAUGGGUUGACCCCUGAGAUAUGGCAGCUGGGUGCUGUUGGUGCGGUGAGGGUUGCAGUCAGAAGCUUGUCUGCGUCAGGUAGCCUGUUGAGACCGGCCCAAUAGUGUUUUCCGAUUUUUGCCACGUCGGUGUUUCUAUGUAAAGUAAUUGCUAAGCAAAAGAGAUUAUAGUGCACAUCACAGGAAAAAUGGCAGGUAAAUAUGUGAAGUUGUGACUUUGUAAUCAUGCAGAAUGAAUGGAAAUGAGGGAAAUAGUUCAA